UUCGAAAUGCAUCCAAACAAAUGUGUUACUUGUCUCCAUAACAACAGUAACCGUUUCCUCGAGCCCAGGAGCGCGGAAGUCUUCUACAACUUUAAACGUGCGUGAAUCACGUUUUUUAUGAUUUAUUUGAACUGCAGUGGAUGAUGUGUUGAAAUAGUCCGAGCAUGGAGGAAAUCCGUCGUGUUAUUUUACGCCUUUGCUCUGUGGAGUUUUGUUACCGUUAACAACAGGCUGGGGACUUCAGGACCACCGCAGGGAAAAGCGGCAAGCGCGCAAUCCUGCCUCACAAUGAGAUUAACCUGCCAUCAACAAGAUUAACUAACUCCAGUAUAUUUUGGGAAUCAUUGCAGGUCGUAUCUCGUCUGUUAAAGACGUUGGUGCAGUAGGCUAUAGCGUAAAACUGGAGUAACUUUUGGCCGAAAAGAUGAAGGAUGUGCCGGAAGAGUCGAAGGACUAUCAUCUCAAGGUGGCGUUGCGAAUUCGACCAAUAAGCGACGCAGAUGUUGAGGAGGGCGCAACUAUAGUGGCGCAUAAGAUUGACCAUCAGAUGGUGGUGUUGAUGGACCCCUGUGAGGACCCAGACGAUGUUCUGAGGGCCAAACGCUCCCGUGAAAAAACAUACAUGUUUGAUGUGGCGUUCGACCACACUGCCACCCAGGAGGAUGUUUAUGUGGCAACAACAAAAAAUCUUAUUGAUGCUGUGAUCUCUGGUUAUAAUGCAACAGUCUUUGCAUAUGGACCCACAGGAGCUGGAAAGACAUACACUAUGUUGGGUUUAGAUUCUGAGCCUGGGAUUUAUAUCCGGACACUCAAUGACCUCUUUGAGGCUAUUGAAGACAGAACUGAGGACCUGGACUGCAGUGUUUACAUGUCUUAUAUAGAGAUUUAUAAUGAGAUGAUCAGAGAUCUGUUAAAUCCAUGUUCUGGAUAUCUUGAGCUGCGUGAGGAUGCUAAAGGAGAAAUACGAAUUGCUGGCAUCACUGAAUUUUCCACGUGUAAUGCUAAAGAGAUAAUGUCUCUUUUGACCAAAGGAAACAAACAGAGGACUCAGGAGUCCACUGCCGCCAACAAGACAUCAUCUCGCUCUCAUGCUAUCCUGCAGGUGACGGUCAAACAAAAGAGCCGAGUAAAGGAUAUCAACGAGGAGGUCCGAGUGGGAAAACUCUUCAUGGUAGACUUGGCAGGAACCGAGCGGGCGUCACAGACACAAAACAGAGGCAAGCGGAUGAAAGAAGGCGCACAUAUCAAUCGCUCUCUGUUAGCACUGGCCAACUGCAUCAAUGCUUUGAGUGAGAAGUGUGGUAAAGGGGCUCAGUUUGUCAACUACAGAGACAGCAAACUCACCAGACUUCUGAAGGAUGCUCUGGGGGGAAACAGUCGCACCGUCAUGAUCACUCACAUCAGUCCUGCCAGCACCAACUUUGAAGAAUCGAGAAACACACUGGUUUAUGCUGACAAAGCCAAAAAUAUACGAACCAAGGUGAAACGCAAUUUGCUGAAUGUUUCCUAUCACCUGGCCCAGUACACAAGCAUUAUCGCUGACCUGCGAAGUGAGAUCAAAUGGCUUCAUGCAAAGAUCGACAAAGAGCAGCAGAAAGGACAGAAAGACAUUCGUGAAAUUCAAGCUGAGGUGCAGCAGUACAGUCAAGGUGAGAUAGCAGGACUGCGAGAGCAGCUCUUGUCUGCCUUCAAGGAGCAAAUGGAGAUCAGACGCAGCCUGGUGGAGCUGGAGAGCUGUAACAUGGAACUCCACAUAGACACUUCAAGACAUCUGCUCACCAUCUCAGAUUGGGAGCAGGAUCGAGCCCGUCGGGAGAGAGACGAAGGCAGUGGAGAGAAGAGAGACAGGCUGAAGGAGGAAGAAGAAGAGAGCGGGAUGGAGGAGCCUCAGUAUGUCGCAGCAGCUAGAGAGCAGAUAGGCCCCCUACAGGCUGAACAGGGAAAAACAAUGUCACUUAAACAUGAACUGGAGGAAAAACUAGCGAACAUGAAACUGAAGUCAUCUAAGAUUGAGGAGCUGUUGCCUCAGCACGUAAGCAACGAUGAACAGAGAGAGAUUCUGACACUGCUCUGUAAGGUCCAUGAACUGGAACUGGAGAAAACUGAGAUCCGGUCAGCUGUGCUCUGCAAAGACAACGCCCUCGGAACAAAAGACUUCAUCAUUCAGAGACACGAGCAGCAGAGGGAGCUCUGUUAUGACAUCAUACAUCAACAGAAGGCUCUCAUUGAAGAGCGAGGACUUUGUGUACCUGAGGGGUUACAAGAGCUUUAUUCGUUGUAUUUUGGUGAGCUAAGUGAAGGAAACAUCGAACAGAUACUCGACCUUCACACUUUCUCUACAGACACCCGAGAUGUACCUGAUAACUCUGCUACGAUUAUGACAAGGCAAAUCACACACGAUGUCAUCUCCGAUUCAGAUGUUCGUAAAGCAGAGAGAACAUGGCGGAAAAACAGAAAGUUCAGUUGUGUACAUGGACAUCCUCCUGAUUCCUCUUCCUCUGGACUAGAUUAUGACAGUGACAGUAACAGAGUUUUCAAAUCAUCAUCGAAAAUUCAACCACAGAGACAGCACCGCUUGUCUUCAGGCCCAUCGCUUGCCGUGAAGGCGUGUGGCUAUCAGGAAUCAGCUCCCGUAUGUCCCGCUGAAGUCGUGAGCCCAGAUACUUUGAGGGAAAUCGCCAGUGAUACCAAGAGCAUCUCGGUCAUCGCUGCGAAACGUCGCUUCCACAUUCAAGCAAAAGAGUCCAAUUUCAGGAUUGCUGGUGGUGCUUUGGCAGCAGGGUUGAAGUCCUCAAUAAGCAUGGACAGUCUGUUUUCUACUUUGACAGAUAAGUCGACUGAGGUCAAAGGAGCGUCUACAAGACACAAAGGCGGCUCUCGGUCGAAGCAGGAUCAAAAGAGAACAGAAGGCAGGAUGGGGUCGCAUGAGAGACUGCAGUGCAAGAAACGGUCCAGAUCCUUUGAAACCAACAAACGGCAGGUACAAAAACCAACACAAAACCCCUUCGGGUGUCCAGCUUUGGAAAGCAUCUCAGACAAUCGUCUUCUGCGACCGGCACUGAACACGAUUCAGCUACUGAACGACAGUCCUGGAAACCUUGCAACACCUCCAGCGGCUAAAGUAAAGAACCCUGUUUUACAGACUACAGGUGAAGUUCAGCUUCAGAAGUUAGAGAUCAGGGGAACACCACCCAGCACCAUUCAUCAAAGACACGCAGAGGUCAAACGAGGACAGACCCACAAACGUCUGCGAGGCCCUGCAGAUGGUUCUCAAGCCACACAACUACUACAGCAACCGGGCAAUUACAGGAAGUCCACCAAUGAAAAUGUAAAGCAAAAAGCAACAAACAAUAUCAACAAAAAGACAGAAGUGCAGCAAAAAUACAAGCAUACUGUAAAAAAGCAGUAAGCCUUGAGUUUGUAAAUGAUAAAGUCAAGUGAGUGUUUAGCUUCGUUUCGAAAAUCUUUGAAAUUUUGUAUUAUUUUUGCAUGUUUUCUUGUAUUAAAAUAUUUAAUAAAUCUUAUUUUGUAAA